UAGAGCCAUUACCAUGACGAUCAACGCUUAAAUAGAAACGUUGUUCACACCCCAGAUUUUAAGUCAACACAGUCCCAUUAGUUUUCUUUGCAGCCUCGUUUGAAUUUCGCCGUUGCGCACAUUUGUACGGAAUGGGGUAUUGAGAAUCUGCCCUGUGAACUACAGAGGAACUUUUCACUGAUGCGGGACCUGGACAAUAGAACUGAAGAGAAAAAAGGAGAGAUCGACAAGCUGGCAGAGGAGUACAUCUCAAGUGUAAGGAACUUGGCUACGGAACAGAGGGUUGUGCACCUGCAGAAGAUCCAGAGUGCUUACUGCAAGUGCAAAGAGUUCAGCGAUGACAAAGUGCAGCUUGCCAUGCAGACAUAUGAAAUGGUGGACAAGCAUAUCCGCAGGCUGGAUGCAGACCUGGCCCGAUUUGAGAAUGAGCUGAAGGAGAAGCUGGAAGUGAGCGGCUAUGACAGUCCAGAAGGAAGAGGGUUAAAGAAGGGUGAAGGUCGAGGACUGCGGGAGAAGCGUGGGCCCAAGGGGAGAGGCAGGAAAUCAUCGGAUGAGGAUUCUCCCAGGAAGAAAAAGCUUAAAAACAGCCCAGAAUUGAGUGACGCUCUCCUGCCAAUGCAACCGUCAGAUGUUUUGGACAUGCCAGUUGAUCCAAAUGAGCCAACAUACUGCUUGUGCCAUCAAGUGUCAUAUGGAGAGAUGAUUGGAUGUGAUAACCCUGAUUGCCCAAUUGAGUGGUUUCACUUUGCUUGUGUUGAUCUUGCAACGAAGCCAAAGGGAAAAUGGUUUUGUCCACGAUGCACCCAGGAUAAGAAGAAAAAAUGAUAUAGUUCUUAAGUACUUUUCUAUAAAUGUGUGUUUUUUGUCUGUAGUAAAAUAGUGUAAUAUAUUUACAAAAAUAUUUCCCUUUCUAUUAUGGCUGUGCAUAAAUAUGAUGGUCUAAAUACAAAGCUUUUAUUCAAAGUACUUGAAAUUUAUAAAGGUUUUAGUAUUUGCCAAACACAUUUAACUGCUGUUGAUAAUACUUUUUCUCCAUGGUUUAGUUAUUUUUUUAAAUUCUGUCCUCACUCAAGUGUUACGAUCUCAUUUGUGCCUGCAUUUUAGUUACCUAGCUACCUCUUGGGUUCAAGCACACACAUGCAGAAAAUAUCUAUACAACAAUCUUGAAUCCUGCCAAAAAUCUUUAAACCAAGCAAACAAAAAUGUUCACUCUGUCCAUUUUUGGACUAAUAAGCUAUCUGAUAAAAGGUGUACUAUAUUUUUAUAUCGACUGUCAAAAGCAGUUGCCCGCUCUUGAAUGUAGGAUGGUGAUAAUGGUCAGACAUUUAGGAAGCCACACUGAUUUCUUUGCCUUCAUAACCAGCGAGCAUUAAAGGACUUUGAAUUAAAAUCAACUGCUCACCACUAAUUAUUAACAAUGCCUAGAUACAAAAGAAAAAAUUCUGGGGAAUGGUGUUCCAAAGAUAUCUUAUUCAAACUGCUAUAAAGUAUGAAAGACCAGCAGUAGCUAGGUUUCCAUCCAAUUUGCGACUGAUUUUCAUGCAUAUAUUCUAAAAUCUGCAUACGAACGGCAUUUUCCAUCAAACUUCCGAUGGUUGUCACAAAAACUGUUGUGAUAAUGGUCUAUAGACAGUUCGGCCAGGGUAGGUUAUAUGAUGAGAUAGAAAAAAAACAGAUCACUUUUAGUGGAUAAACAGCCAAGCAUCUUUCAAAUUAUAGCCUUUGAUAUUUAGUGGAAAUUUGCAUGAAGCUCAUCACCAUAUGCUCUUAUCCAGUGACUUACAGGAGACAUUUGGGUUAAGUGCCUUGCUCAAGGUCACAUCAACAGAUUUUUCACCUUUUUUGGAUUCUGGGAUUUUUUUUUGUGGUUACUGGCCCAAUGCUCUUAACUGCUAGGCUACCUGCCGUCUACUUAACCACCAUAAGUUAUGAAGUUUGUGAAAUAAAUUAUGACGAACUUUAACUUAACUGCCGAUAAACUCUGCAUGCUUUUUCACUUCGUGUUAGUAGAACAACGAAACAUAUCAUUCAUUGCAUGACUUCAAGCUUACUGCGGUUUUUAUAUGGCAAUAUUUGCGUGUAAAAACGUUAUCACCGCAAUUGUGGCAAUAUCCCACUUUGUCUUGCGUAUUUUGUUUUGGCGACAUUGGAAAAUGUACUGUUUCCAUGAGGCCUGUCGCGAGUUUUUUUUUUUUUUUAAAUGCGUCAGGUGAUUAAUCUCCAUGAAAUGGUUGGAUAGAAACCUGGUUAUUUGAAGAAAUUGAACAUAAAUGAUUCUGAGCUAUUAUCCACUGUAAAAAACCACUGCUAUUGCUUUUGAAUAUUUUGUUGACCUAAAAUUUUAAAUGUAGAGAUUCAGAUGAUAUUUGAUAGUUGUAUGUGCUACUUUUUAUUCAAACCUUACACAAUACUAUUGUACUUGAUAUAGGCUACAAUGUUGACAACGACAUGUGACAAGAAUAUUACUUUCCAAAGAUUGUUACUUUAGAUAAUUGUUCGGGAUUCUUAGGGGUUUAGCAUGAACUUGUCUUUAGUUAACUGUGAAUAUAUCAAUCUUGUACAAGUAUAAUGCUGUUGAAACAGAGGGUCAAGGAGACAAAGUAUUUGUAUUUUGUAAAUGUAAGUUUCAUAUCAAUAAACAUGUACAACUACUCAA